AACAGUGAUCAUCUAUGGCUGAGCCAAUAGAAAAAGAAGAAGUAGCGCCUGUAGAGCAGACAAGCGCUCCACAAGUUGAUUUACUCAACCCACCGCCAUCUCGUUUCGAGAAGCCUGCGGGUGUGAACACUACAAACUUUCCUGGACACGCUAAUCCACCCCUUCCCGUAGAAGGUAAUGGAUACUUCAGCAACUUGCAAUUUGUUGCGCUUAUCUUGGCUGUGCCAUACAUUUUAAAGCGCUUUAUUCCAUUUUUCAACACUGGCUUUAAAACUUACGUCUUUUUGCUCAUUUUAACUGGUCCGUUCACUGCUAUUGCCUAUUGGACAGCUGCGUCGACAUACGGUCCACGCAAGAACGAGAAGGUUGCACUUCCAGGCCGUCCAAUUGAGGAAUACUUGGACAUCAAAGAUCCUGAGCUUAAGCAACAAUUCCACGGUCAUAACAAGAUAAACUACCAGCAAUUCCACGACGCUUACUUUGAAGGCAAGAUUGAUGUUAAGGGUGACAUGCUUGAUGUUCUCGAAUACAGACACGACUGGGCCAAUUUCAACUUCACGCCUAAACUAUUCAAAUACGUUGUCUUUAAAAUGAUUCCUGAUAUUCUUUUCCACUCACAAUCUCAAGAUGAAGAUCAAAUUCAAGAUGUUUACGAUCGCGGUGACGAUUUCUACGAAUGGUUCUUGGGUCCACGAAUGAUUUACACAGGUGGUAUGGUACGUGACACUACACGCGCCGAAACUCUCGAAGAACUACAAGACAACAAACUCAGUAUGGUUUGUGAGAAGCUCGACCUCAAAAAGGGCGACAGAAUGCUCGAUAUUGGAUGUGGUUGGGGUACUUUAGCUGCUUUCGCCGCUAAAAACUUCGAAACUGAUGUUACUGGUAUCACACUCUCGAAGAAUCAGGCUAAAUUCGGUAAUGACAGAAUCGCAAAGAACGGUAUUUCAUCAGAGCAGGCUAGAAUAUUGAAUAAGGAUUACAGAGAAAUUCCAAAGCACACCUUCAACAAGAUCAGUUGCUUGGAAAUGGCUGAACAUGUCGGUAUUCGUCGUUACUCUACCUUUUUGAAUGAAGUCUACAACUUGUUAGAUGAUGAUGGUACUAUGGUCUUCCAAGUAGCCGGUCUUCGCCCACAUUGGCAAUAUGAGGAUCUCAUUUGGGGUCUUUUCAUGAAUGAGCAUAUCUUCCCAGGUGCUGAUGCUUCUUGUUCACUUGGUUGGGUUAUUAAUCAACUUGAAAAUGCCGGCUUUGAAGUAAAGUCAAUUGAUGUACUUGGUGUCCACUACUCUGUUACUAUCCUCAGAUGGUACAACAAUUGGUUAUCUAACAAAGAAAAGGUCCUUGAGAAGUAUGGCGAAAGAUGGUUCAGAAUCUGGACUUUCUUCCUCGCAUCUUCAGUUAUCAUCGCUAGAAAUGGUGGUUCAUCGGUCUUCCAAAUCACCGUUCAAAAGAAUUUGAAUGCUACCCGUCGUAUUGAAGGUUUACACAGCCACCAUGCUCCUUUACACCGCCUCAAAUCUGAUUACAAAACAGUGGUAGCCUAAAACUGUUUUAUUUUAAAACAUAAAUUAACUAAACGAAUACAUGAUUUAUUAUGGUAUAGACUUAAGCGAAAGAUCUCUCGACCAAUUAAAAAUAUCAUUCCAUAUUGCAUCUUUUUGACGUUCAUUCCAGAAUCCAAGUAUUAAAAGAUCAUGUACACCAUCUUCUGCAACGUUUGUUGUCAAGUCAACAUUAUUACGUUCCAUACGUUCGAUGAGUACUUUGAUUUCGUCUUCGAGACGUUCUGCUGUACCGUAGCUUAUAAAAGUUGGAGGAAAAUCUUCGAAUAAGUCUUCCUCAUCUUUAAGGUGUAACGAUGCAGGGCUAAUAUAGGGUGAGUGAACUGAUAUAUGAUCUGGCAAUAAGUUAUGUUGUUGACUAGUCCUUUUUCUUUGCUUAAAAAGCGAUCUUUUUAUAAAAGUGUGUGAUUGUUGUUGAGUACAUGUUGGGCAACCUUGACCAGUUCCAGAUGUGCAUCC